AUGACCAUCGACACGUGCCUGGCCUACUGCAGCACCAAGGGGUACCACACAGCCGGCCUCGAGUACGGCAGGGAGUGCUGGUGCGGCAACGCCCUGGCCUCGGGGGCCCAACUCGACGCCGGCAUCAGGGGCAACUGUUCUACGCCGUGCGCGGGCGACGAGUCGCAGACCUGCGGAGGGGCGUCCCUGCUGUCCGUCUACAAGAACGACACGGUGCGCGCCGCGAGCUGGGUGCCCGGCGUCGGCGGGUACGUGUACGCGGGCUGCUACGACGAGGGCAAGGGGCGCGCCGUCGGGGACUUCAGGGCGGCGGACGCGGCCAUGACCGUCGACGCGUGCGUCGGGAUAUGCGGCGGCAAGGGCUUCGCCUGGGCCGGGCUCGAGUACGGCCAGGAGUGCUGGUGCGCCAGAGGCCUCAACAAGAACGCGCCCUUGCUGUCCUCGCCCGGGCAAGCGGACCAGUGCACCAUGCAGUGUGCGGGCAACAAGGGCCAGACCUGUGGUGGCAGCAACAAGGUCUCGGUGUACAGGAGCAAUGGCGCGCAGAAAGAGAAGAGGAGUAGGAAGAGGAGCCUAGGACCGCAUGCCACGAAGAUCGGGGAGGACGGGCGGCCCACCGUUAUUAAAACCGUGAAGAUGGUCAGGCGUGGCCGCUUUGGCAGGAGAGAUGCUUUUGCUGCAUAG